GUCGCUUCCAUAUCGCUACCUGCCAGUGCGUGCGAAAUACUCGGCGUGGUAUCCGUGUAGCGGCACUCUCGUCACGCUCCACUCGUCAAGCAACGCCCCAUUCUCACACCUGUUCAAGAUGGCUAGCUGGAGGCUUACGGCGCUUGCAGUACUGCUCGCCGGAUUUCAGUCAGCGAUGUGCCUUGACGAAGUGGAGGACAAGUGCAACGUGACCAAGGCCAUCACCUGCUACUGGGCUGAGGCGGAAGUUCAUGGAGUCCAAGUUUUGCUCCCGCAUGGGUCACAGCCUUACCCAAGCGGUGUGUGCCGCACGCCGGCAGACUUUCCCGAGCAGUCCGUAUGUGUGCACUACUACGGCGCUUGUCAAGAGCCCGAAAAACAACUUUUCCAUGAAAAGGAGACAGGCUACGCCCAGCUUCGAUUCCUGCUUCUCAAUAAGACAAUGUGCGAAGGUGUGAACAAACUGAGCACAUGCAUUCACAAUGAGACCAUGGCAAAGUGCGCCGCCAAGUUCGUCAAGGAGUUCUCUUUGCACAACGCAAAGCAAAACGAGCUGGCCGCGAAGAACCUCAGCCAUUGCCUCGAGACAGCUCUGAUGCCCUGCUCCGAGGUUGUAGUGGGAGAGUUUAUACAGUACCUGGAAAACGUGGCCAGUGCUGUCCAACACCUGUACAAGCACAAGGAGCAGCCGGCGCCACCGACCGAGCCGGCAACCACGGAGUCCUCGACUACCACCGUCUCACCCACCAAACAAUCCACAACUCCGGAGCCUGUGACUGAAACAACCACCGAGCCUGUCACGGCUGCAACAACCGAGCCUGUCACGGCUACAACCUCCGAGCCCGUCCCCACUACAACCAGCGUGCCUCCGACGACGCAAGGUCCCCCUGGCGCCGCUUCGACGGCACAAGCGGUCGGGGCCUUUGGCGUAGUGGCGAUCGCAUGGCUUGUGCGGGCUGCGUGAUUGACGAAAAACGUUCGUAGAUUCAAACUAGCCGUGCUGACGGCAGCAGCCACCGUGAACUUCCCAUCUCGCCAUUGGGCACACUGCUUUGUUCAAGGCUAUUUACCGAAAUAAACAUCCAAGACACGCGGCAA